UGACAUUAGUUUGACAUUUGCUCUUCAAAAAGAAAAAAAUAUGAAAAAUAAAAGUGGCAAAUGGUUAUCAAUCCGGCCGUGGAAUUAAAUACGAAAAUGUGCUAAAGAACCGAUGAUAAAAAUGCAAAUGUUUUUAUUUGUUUUAAGCUUACCGUCGUCGUUCGUUUUUUGAUUGGAGUGCAAAAUAAACAAUUCCUCGCUACUUUGUAGCCAACGAAUUUUAUUCCAUACUUGGGGGAUAUAAUUAUAUGCACACAUGGUGUCAGACACGAUGUGUGUUUUCUUUUCGAAAUAUGAUAUGUGUGUGACAACAGUGAAAUAGUGUACCUAAAUCGCGGAAAAAAAAACCUUUUUUUAAUCGCAAGAUUUAGUGGAUGUAUUGAACAUUGAAAUUCGAUUUGAAUUCCACAGCAAAACACUAACAAAAUGCGUGUAGUGGCUAUGAUAAGCGGUGGGAAGGACAGUUGCUAUAAUAUGAUGCAGUGUGUGGCAGAAGGUCAUGAGAUUGUCGGUUUGGCGAAUUUACAUCCGAAAGAUCUAGAUGAGCUGGACAGUUACAUGUACCAAACUGUCGGCCACAUGGGCAUCGAAAAAUUGGCCGAAGCAAUGGGGCUACCACUUUUUCGCAUGGAAACCAAAGGUAUUUCAACGCAGACCGGCAAACAUUAUGUGCCUACCGAUGACGAUGAAGUGGAAGAUUUGUACAAUUUAUUGAAAUGGACCAAAGAAGAGCUGAAUGUGGAAGCGGUUGCCGUCGGAGCGAUAUUUUCGGACUAUCAACGGAUUCGCGUGGAGAAUGUUUGCAUGCGCUUAAACCUGGUACCUCUGGCAUAUUUGUGGCGACGAGAUCAGACCGAACUGCUGCAGGAAAUGAUCGAUUGUAAGGUGUUCGCCAUAAUAAUCAAAGUGGCGUCGCUGGGUUUGUUGCCGGACCGACAUCUUGGCAAGUCGAUUUCGGAUGUUCAAUCCCAUCUAAUCAAAAUGAAGGAUAAGUACGGCCUGAAUGUGUGCGGCGAAGGUGGCGAAUACGAAACAUUUACGUUGAACUGUCCGCUGUUCAAGCAGAAAAUUAUCAUUGACGAAAUGCAAACCGUCAUCAGUUCGUCGGAUCCGGUAUGUCCAGUGGGCUAUAUAAACUUCACCAAACUGCGCCUGGUUCCGAAGGAUAUGGCCAACCAAAUGGAUGUGGUGGUGAAAACAUCGCUAGACUACUUAAGUGACCUAAACGAAUCCAGUUACAAUGACCUAUCGGAUCCCGAUCCCGACCUAAGCGAAUCGGAAUUGGAGCAAAUCGAAAUGGAAAGUCGACUCAAAGAAGCGAUGACCAAAGACGAUCUGGUCACAUCGCGCAGCAACAGCUUAACGCAGUCGGCCACAUCACCAAUCAAAAUACUUCAAUCGAAAACGAAGAGCUGUGACGAUGUCCGGCCGUUGAAUUCACCAAUGAAAAUCGUCUACGAACAGAUGGACAUACUGAACCGUCCCAAUUAUGUGUUCAACAACAGUGGCUGGAUGUGGAUAUCGGGAGUGGAAGGGUACGGAACGACAGUUGAAGAAUGCACCGACGAUGCGAUGGAAAAAAUUAGAGAUUUGCUGCUCAUGCAUGAAUAUAAGCUGAGUAAUGUCUGCUAUACGACGUUGUACAUAAGAAAUAUGGCCGAGUACGUCAGUCUGAAUCAAGCCUAUUCCAAGACCUUUAACUUUCCGAAUCCACCCACCCGAGUAUGCGUCGAAUGUCCGCUUCCGCCGAAUUGUGAAGUAAUCGUCGAGGUGGUCGCAUUCAAAGCCAAAACUGAUAUGAGCGAAUUAAGCAACAAACGGACCACGAUGCACGUGCAAGGUAUAUCGCAUUGGUGUCCAGCGAAUAUCGGCCCGUACAGUCAAUCAACAAAGAUCGGCGACAUUACCUACAUUUCCGGGCAGAUCGCCCUUGUGCCGGGCAGCAUGAAAAUCAUUGACGGCGGCAUCAAAUCUCAAUGCAAACUGAUACUGCGCCACAUCAAUCGCAUUUCGAAAGCCAUAAACGCUCAGGGUCAACUGCGCGAUGUCGUCCAAGGCAUCUGCUUCGUUACACAUCCCAACUACAUAUCCGAAGCGAGACGUCAAUGGGAGAAGUGCACGACAAAUGCCAUCGUCGAUUACAUUGUGUGUCCACAACUUCCGCGCCAAGCGCUGGUCGAGUGGCAGGUGUGGGCACAUGCGCAUAACGAUAACUUCGACUAUGAGGAAACUGGUUGCUCGGUCGGUGAGUACACAGUAUUUAGUAGACGUCGCUGGAAUUACGAAAGUAAUUGUGCCGCCAUUGUGUGCUAUGUCACAACCGGACUAGCAUCAUCGACCACCCAAUUGACUGACUUACACGACGACACAAUCAAUCGUCAUUUUCGCAUCGCUCAGCGACUGUCGCCCGAGAAUAUCGAUGACAUCCUAACGUACACCGUCAACAAAUUGAUUAAAGGACAACCGACCAAGACUGAGGGCGAUGCUAUUAUGGUUCCUACGAUACCGUCGAUACAUUUGAAGAUUUUCUACCAGGUGCAUGCCGUUUCGUCCGUGGAAUUGCUGAUGCAAUCGAUACAGGAAUUUCGCGAAAAGUCCACGAAAAUCGUCAAAUUUGCAUUCACUCUGAUACCGGCCUGUAGUUUACAGAAUUUUAGCACAUUUUUAUCGAUAUCCGGCGUAAAGCAUGAGUAAAAGACAACUUUUCUGUUGGUAUGAGCGAGGCUUGGAAUCAUGUUUCGUGACCAUUUCCGGGCAUCGUUUUAAGUUGAUAUGAGUUGUCGCUGGUUUAUUUGUUUGGAAUUCACUACACGAAGGAAAGUUUUGUCUUCUGUUUGCCAUUCUUCCUUUUGGAUUUUCUUUUAAUUAGAAAAUCUUAAUUUUAUGAUCCUAGUUCUCAACCGAAUAUUGUAUAAUGUCAUGAGGCUGUGUCCCGUGUGUAUUAAAAUUCAAUUUAAAACAACAAACAAACAAAUAUUUGUCGAAUAAAAUGGGAAAUGACAUUGAC